ACUCUCUUCAGAGGUCUGCUGUGCUUGUGUCAAACACGCAGUCGCUUCCUGGUUACAGGGGGACUACCGUUCAACAUUUCCGGGAGUGAUGGUCAGUUAUUUGAGUUCAGUCGCACGGGUCGCUGAAGGAUCAUGCUGAUUAACAUCUCACGGUUAUUAUUUAUGGCGGCGGUGUGGCGUGUGGCAGAAGGAAAGACACCUCUGCCAUAUGGAUCAGAUGGAAAAUGUAACAAUGCAUCCUCUGAAUAUUAUGUCAAAAAAUUGAAACUUUGCUGCAGUAAAUGCAACCCAGGGACUCAUCUGAAGUAUGAGUGCACUACUAAUUCAGACACCGUCUGUAAUCCCUGCCAAGAUGGACAUUACUCAGAAAAUCAUAACCAUUUUCCCAAUUGUUUCUCUUGUCAAAAUUGUAAAGAAGUGAAAGGACUGAUUUAUGGCACAAACUGCUCUGCUAAUACCAAAGCUGUUUGCGUCUGCGCAGAGCCCGGGAUGUUCUGUUCUAAUCUUAAUUUCAAUAAUGAAUGUGAGGAAUGUAAAAAAUAUAAAUCCUGCAAACCUGGUCAAUAUGUCUCCAAAAAAGGAACACCUAGAUCUGAUUUCAGGUGUACAUCAUGUCCGCCUGGACACUUUUCAGACCACAUAAAUGCUGAGCAGUGUAAACCACACACACAAUGCGAAGGCAGGUCAGUUUUAAGACUCGGCGAGUCUACAACUGACACAUUGUGUGAGAAGACACCACCACCAUCAACAACAACAACAACAACAACAACAACAACAACGUUCACAAGUUCACCCAAGGAUCCUCAGUCAAAACCACCAGGAAAAUUAUGGAGCCCAAAGGAAACCGAGAGCGUGAACAUGACCACCACCACGUCUUUACCAAGCACAUCAACAGCACUCCGUAACUCUCCAACCCCUGUCUCAUUUUUGAACUAUUACAUUGUCAUUAGUUGUGUGCUGGUUUUGCUGACCUCAGCAAUGGUGAUUAUCGCUUACAGGUUACGAAAGAGAAAAGGUUUACAAAAGGUUCCGAUCACAGAUGACAACAAGCAAAAGCAGGAUGCCUCAGUGAGCGAAACACCUGAUUAUCAGCGCCUGUUACCCAGUGAGAGGUGCCUUAAGGAGCCAUCCAUGACUUCAUCAGACAGCCAGAGUCAGCCAGACUCGAGUCACAGCAGCGCUGACUGGCUGGAGCGCACCAGUCAGGAGGAGUCCAUACCAGAGCAGCUGUCCGUCUCCAGCCCCUUCAAUCUCAGCAUCACGGCCACCUUCAACUGUCAGCUGAACCCCACGGCAGCGUCCUGCUCCAUCCCUCUCAAUACAUCUGCUCGGACAUCCCAUGUUGAAGCUCCGGUGCCGCUUUCUCAAGAAGAGGUCUGUGUAUCCUGCCAGCAAGAGGACGGCAAAGAAGCUCUGCAGUCAGUGCAGGAGAGUGGCCUGUGUGUCUUCUGAUUGGGCUGAUCGAAUGUACAGUAUACGUUUCGAUAAAUGCACUUACGAGUUCCUAAAUGCAAUCUGAUGUUAAACUGAAAAAAAAAGACAUAUAUUGCAUUAUUGCAAAGAGAAUUAAAACACUUUAAAAUGAAAAUUGGUUGACUCCCGGGCCAUCCAGGAUGUAGAUGAGUUCCUGGAAACAGAUUUGGAGAAAUGUAGCAUUACAUCACUUGCUUACCUAUAGAGUGAAUGGAUGCCGUCAGAAUAAGUCCAAACAGCUGAUUAAAACUUCUCUAUAAUCCAUUCCACUCCAGUCCAUCGAUUUUUCAAAAAGCUGUGACACAAACGCAUCAUUGGUCGCAUAUUUUUCACUUUUUCUGCCGGAGCGUGCCGAGCGCUGAGCACUGAUCAUUCAGGCGUUUGUUUUUCUCGCUGCUGAGUUCAACUUUGGGUAAAAAUGCUACACUCUCACUGUCACUUUCUAGUCAGCCAACCAGUCAGAAUAACGGAGGUGCGGGACUACCAACAGCAAGUGAAGUAAUGAUCAUUUUUUUCAAAUGUGGCCCAAUUAAAAAUGUAUUAUGUUUAUUAUGUAAGUCUGACAUGUAAAAUGUGCGUUUUUCUCUGUCCAAUGUUUGUAUCUGAAGAGCGGUAUUUAAAGGCAGAUUUAGUUUUGUUUGGGGUAAAUUGCAUUUACACAUGAUUGCUUGCACGCCUAAAAAAAGUAAUAAUUUGGAUUAGACAAAGUCUGUUGCCCAAAACUCACCAAAUAGGUUAAGUUGAUGCUUAUCAUUUAAAAUACAAAUAUUGCCCCUACUGACAUAAAGGUCGACCACGACCACAAAUAAAUAAAUGAAUAUUUUUUAUAUAUGUAUAUACAUGAAGCUAGUGCCUCCCAGUGGUAGGUAAUUUCUCUACCUCCAUUUCCAAAGAUGUUUCACUGUCUAUAUUUUAAUAUUUUGUCCUAUCAUUUAUUGUAAAAUAGGUACAGCCUUCUAUUACAGUGCAGGUUGUCCAAUAGUUUUAGAUGUUAUAUAUCUAAAAAAAUUUAGAUAUUAUAUCUGAAGAUGAAGAUUCAGCAUUUUGUAUAUUUCAUUGCCAAGUAUAUAGUCAAAUGUUAUGGCAGACUAUGUAUAUACUUUUUUUUAAAAAAAAUGUUUAUGUUUUGAACAUGUAAAGAUUUUGUUUUUUGUACAAUUUUUGUAUAUGCACUUUAUAAAGCACAGUUCUAUUAA